AUGGUUCGACAGUGGUCAUGGAGAGGUACAAUUGCUCAGCCAUUCGCUAUCAAGCUCUUCAAAGGAGUUUGGAAUGCGCACCCGAGAUUCGCGACGCGAACAGUUCUGGUUCAGAACAAUGACGUCGAUGGAGCAUUCGGACUUCUCAAUAGGUUUUCAGUUUGAUUUUCUCAUUGGUCAACCGACGAACUUAUUAGAUUAAUGGACUCGGAAGGAAUGCUGAAGAUCAUCCGCCGCACUCAGUUUUAUCAAAAACCGUACAUGCAACGUAAAGCGCUGUCAAUGGAGGCGUCAAAUGCGAUUUUCAACGAAGACAUGAAUUGCAAGAUGAAAUUUCUCGUACGCAAAAACCGCCCGGACAAGCACCCUGGACAAGUGACCUCCUGA